AUUGCAUGCUGGGAAAAAGGAAUACAUCGCCAUCUUGCUUUUGCACCGCAAGUUGUCAGAGCAGAAUAAUAACCACGUUUGAAUGAUUAUUUUUCAGGCUUACGAGUGUUUUAGCUCAUCGAUUUGAAGGUACUCUGCAGGUUGUAAGUUUAAGCAGCGUAUAGACGCAGCACGAUCCGAUUUAAACUUCGCAGUCGUCUUCAGUAGAGCCCAGCUAGCUGCUGAACGUUAGUAUUGAGGAGGUGGCCAUGGGUCGCUCUAGGAGUCGCAGUUCGUCCCGCUCCAAACACUCCAAAAGCAACAAGCACAGCAAAAAACGAAGCCGGUCUCGGUCAAGGUCCAGAGACAAGGAGCGAGCCAAGAAGCGGUCAAAGUCCCGUGAAUCGAAAAGGAACAGACGUAGAGAAUCGCGCUCUCGUUCCCGGUCAACCACAGCCUCGUCCCGCAGGGAGAGAGAGAAGGCUGUUUCACCGCCAGAGAGAAUUGAUAUUUUCGGCAGGACACUGAGCAAGAGAAGCGCUUUGGACGAGAAACAGAAAAAAGAGGAGGAGGAGAAGAGGGCAGAGAUGGAAAGGCAGAGGAAGAUCCGGCAGCUGGAGAUCGAGGAGAAGCUGAUCGAGGAGGAGACGGCGCGGCGCGUGGAGGAGCUGGUGGCCAAGCGCGUGGAGGAGGAGCUGGAGAAACGCAAGGACGAGAUUGAGCGCGAGGUGCUGCGCCGCGUGGAGGAGGCCAAGCGCAUCAUGGAGCGUCAGCUGCUGGAGGAGCUGGAGCGUCAGCGGCAAGCCGAGCUCUCCGCCCAGAAGGCCCGAGAGGAGGAAGAGAAAUCCAAACGGGAGGAGCUGGAGAAAAUCCUGGAGGAGAAUAACCGCAAGAUAGCAGACGCUCAGGCCAAGCUGGCGGAGGAGCAGUUGCGCAUCGUGGAGGAGCAGAGGAAGAUCCACGAGGAGCGCAUGAAGCUGGAGCAGGACCGGCAGCGCCAGCAGAAGGAGGAGCAGAAGAUGAUCCUGGGCAAGGGCAAGUCCCGACCCAAGCUCUCCUUCUCCCUCAAGGCCACCGAAUGAGACUCCUCCUGUCGCCUCGGCCCCCCCCACCCCCCCAGCUCUCCUCCUCUCCGGAACGCUAGCUUCACGUUGAAAGUAUGGAAGGGCCAAGGAAAAAAAACUAAACAAAAAGGGUCGCCCGGAUGAAAAGGCACCGUGCAUUGCUCUGUCUUUCUCUAUCUUUCUCUCUCUCUC